CAACAGGCUGUCCUCAAGAAAGACCUACACAUGUGGAAGCUCGAGUUAUAAUCCAGUCCAAGGGGCCUAUAACUUCAAACACAAGGACACAAGGUGCAUCUUCUGAUAAAGCUAAAACGAAAACCGCAGACAAAGAGGAAAUGAUAAACACCCUCCCAACAAGGAAGAGUACAAGGAGGAAAAAAUCGUUGACUGUUGGGAGCAGAAACUCUAUCGUAAUAUCUUCGUCGGAGGAUACUCCAGGGCCCUCGACAGAACCCAAGCCCUGCACAUUACCACCAUCAGCAAAGUCUGCUGUUCAAAGUAAAAAUACAAAAACAGUUACCAAGAAGAUGCGUACAGACAAGGUCUGUCACCCAGUCCACUUCAAAGAGAGAGAAACAUCUGGCAGACGGGGGAAAGGAAAGGCACCUCUGAGCAACCCAUAUGCCAAAUCAGCUUUUGUGUGGACAUCAGAUGAUGAUGACUUCCAGUAGAUGAAAUGCUUAUAAUGCAAUAAAUAUUGCCUAACUUUAC